AUUUAUUUUGAAUGGUUUGAAGCGGGUUGCAGAGUGCACAAAUUAUUUUCUUGAAGCAUACAUGUAAUAGCAUGUAUAAUUACAUUUGUUGAACAUACACGGACUUUAGUAGGAAUUUUGUUUGGUUUUGAGUUUAUUCAUGUACAAGAAGAUUUUUCAAACCAAGUGAUAAUCUUUCUUUGAAAAUCCUUCUCACCCCAACUUUUUUACGUAGGCACAUACUGUAGGUUUUACUAGUCCUAGUCUUCAUGUUGUCAGUGAGUCUUCCACAGAAUUAGGGGAAAUUGGCAGAUUGGUGUGGGGAGCAAGGAGGCCAUGGCCCCUCCCCAUAAGGAGAAUUUGUUUUGAUACAGGUUUUUUUUUCUAGAUUAUUUUAUUUCUCUUUCAAAGGUGAGUAAAAUCCCCCAAAGCAGUCUCACCCCUCUAACAGGUGAUAAAAAGUUGCAUAAAAUUUCCCAAAUUCCAAGCACCCUUGUUAGGUUUUACAAAAAGAGAGUUUGAGGACACCAACAACUGAACUGGUCAAGGUGUGCCACGGUAUCACAACUAUUUUAAAUAUAACUUAAAGUUGUCGGCAGGAGGAGAUAUUGCAGAGUUAACUGUAUGAAAAAUGUAAAGAAGUAUGUGAAAUAAACGUAUGUAUGUUUAUAUUUGUCUUUGGUUAUCCAGAAAAGUAAAUGGAUGGGUCAUUUUAUUAACCACAAUGUAAGAUUAAAGAAUGUGAGAACCUGCAGUCUUAGUGCAGAUGUGCCGAACUUGAAUUUUUCUUUCAGUAAAUUGAAGUUUUCUGUUAAAUUUGCUUGAAUUUUGAGUGCAAAAAUUUGUAUGGUAUAUAAGAACUAAGCAGCUUUCACUACUGGAAAGUAAUAAGGGACUGUGUUCUUUUCUUUUGGGGGGAUUUUGUAUCUUUGGUGCAAAGGUUUCAUUAUUUUGGUACUCGGCAUUUUACAACCAGGCCAUUGUUAAGCAUGUCUACCAUCAACCUCGUUCUUUGUGUGACUAUCUGGAUAAAUAUGUACAGCACUUGGUAGCAAAGCCCUGACGACGAGGAUAUAAGGCAAACAACCUUCAACCUUCUCCAUUGGUGUGCUGUAAAGUGAGCCUUUUAACAGUAGGUCAUUGAAAGCACCCAAGAUGGAUAGCAACAUGGAUGAACGUGACAUCGAACCACCCAGCAAAAAAUCGAAAUUAGAGUCACAACACGUCAGGGCAACAGAAGUGGAUAUAAGUGGUCCUUGGUUUCGAGACAUGCCAUUUGGAGAAACAAGCGGUAUCCAGCCCCAUCUCUUUCAUGGGACAGGAACGGAAAGUCUGACAGUCGAGGGGUCCACUCACCACACCAACUUCCAGGUGCUGGAUGAGUUUGUCACCGAUGACUUUGACGACCAAGAAGACGAAGAUGAUCUCUCCAAGGAGGACAACGAAGAUGGAUUCAGCUUGGACAAGACUUUUGAGGAUGAGGUUGAAAACGAAGAGGAGGGGGACGAUACAGACAGUCUGGGCAGCGAGAUUGAAGCUCUCCUGGAUGAGGGACUUCCCGAGAUGUACAACAAGGAGCCAAAGAGGAAACGGGGACUGGCAGCCGAGGCAGACACAGAGGCAAGCAAAGAGAUAGACCCGUCCUUGCCCGAGGGAGUUGUUGGUGUCAGAACUAAGACCAUUUUACGGAGGCGGGGUCAGACACCUUUAGAGGGUCUACCAGACGGCUGGAUUUCUAUCAUCCAUGAAUGUGGUAUGCCCCUCUACCUUCAUCGGCCAUCCAGAGUCUGUACGUGGUCAAGGCCUUACCUGCUGGGUGCUGGAAGUGCAAGGAAACACAGACCCCCUCUGGCAAGCAUCCCGUGCCUCCACUACAGGAGGGAGAAAGACAAGGAGACGGCAUCUCAACAAGACAGCAAACAGGGUGCUGCAGUCGGGGUACCAGACAUAAACAAAGAGAUUGCCAAUGACCAGCCACAAGCUGAUCCGGCGGAUUGUAAAGACGGUAAAAAUAGCUUGGCUGAGGUGAAGAGACGUGACCCCUUGCAAAGCCACAACAUCCACAUAUGUAAAGACGAAUCCGUCAGUGACACCGAAAUGAAGGAGUACCUGGAGAGGCUGUUUGACUUUGAAGUGGUCUCAAUAAACAAAUUCAAAACUUGGGCCGACAGAAGGAAAUACACCAAAGAAGUCAAAGCCAAACAUGAAACCAUACACAGACCGCAGUUUCCAGGUCAUCCAGCUGUCAUCACUUGCAAGAUUCCAGGGAACCAAAGAGAUGGCAAAAAGGAGUUUGUCCUGAACACCACAAACAAGACGCCAGUCUGUAUCCUCCACGAAUAUGCACAGAUUGUCCUGAAGACUCAACCUACGUACACAUUUGACGACAGUGGUAACGCCAAUUGUCCAUUCCAGGCCUAUGUUGUCAUUCAUGGGACAAAAUACGGCAAAGGACAAGCCAAGAGCAAAAAGGAAGCCAAGAUGGAAGCAGCUCGGGCAACUUUAGAGAUCCUGAUUCCGGGUGUAGUGUUGAAUGAUGUCACCAAAAAGACAGGCAAAGACCAAGAAUUAGACCAAUUAGAGUAUUUCGACCAUGUUUCCAUCACUGACAGUCGAGUCUACGAUCUUUGCACCAAGUCCGGCCAGCUCACACCCUUCCAGGUUCUGGGCGAAUACAGGCAAAGGAAUCAUGGCAUGGAAGCAAUGAACUUCAAUUAUCAAGUCAACAUUACCAACCACCACAAACGGGAGUACACAAUGACGCUGGGAGAACAUACAGUCACAGGAUUCUGCAAGAACAAGAAGGUUGGUAAGCAGCAAGGAGCCCAACAGCUUCUUCAGCUUCUCCAUUCUCAUGUGGAUAAUUGGGGUGGUAUCAUCAAGAUCUAUGGCAAAGGCACAGUUUCUAGAAACAUGAAGAAAAAGGAAGCUGAACAGAGCAUCAUCAGAUUACAGGCCAAGUGUGAGAAUGCCCCCAACGAAGCCAUAUUGAAUAAGUUAAGGGAAGAGAUGCUUUCAUUCUACGACAGAAAUAAAGAAGAGGCUGGCGAUGCAGAAAGGGAAGCCAAUCAGAACACAGGUGAGAUGACUGCAUUUCAAAUGCCAUCACUCCUGUCCGAGUAGAAUCGUUCAAGACCCUCUUGCCAAAGGGAUCACUGCAUCUCAAACUGGGGAAUGCCCCUCACCAUUCAUCGCACGGUGCAUCAUAUGUCAGAAGACUUUGCCCAAUCCCCCCUUUUGAAUUCCGCUGUGUGACAUGACUUUAAACUCUUAGAUCCUAAGCAUUGUUACACACCUGCCCUGGAUAUCCUGGUAAAGUAAUAAUAUCAGAAGUAGUGAGAAAAACUUUGGACAGCAAAUUGAUGGGGGGGUCAAGCACCCCUUGGGCGAGCCAGUGCCUGUACCACCCUUCCUUCGUAGGACACGCUGUUUUGAUGUUCGGUGUAUGUUUUAGGGAUGCGAGGUUGACUUUCACAGGGUGGUGUGUAGCUUUCCUCCAGUGUUUUUAAGGGGAAAAACCAAUGUUGUUUUCAAAUACUUGCAAGUGACUUUUCGGUUUAUUGAAUUUGCAUCUACAACAGGAAUGUGGCAUUAUUAUGAAACUUCAGCAAAGUCAUAGCUUGAUUCCAAAUCACUUCACAGGGUGGUAACUUUAUAAACAAUUUAAACAGUAUCGUUUAUCUCUAGUGGAUUGUUUUAAUCUAUGCAGACCUUUUGUUGGUUUGUAAACCAACCAAGUUCACGCAAUAUUUAUUUUCUGGAUCACUGAACUGGGAAGUGUUGGCAUAAUGUUUGAAAAUGAGAAAGUCAUCCACUAUAAUUUCACUUUUCUGAGUUCAAAAGUUUUCUUUAAAUGUUAAGUUAAUCUUCCAGGGAAAACAAAAUUGAUGUUUAAUUCACAAUUUAUUACAAAUUGAACUGGAAGUUAAGUUUGCACUUUUAAUAUUCUACAUUGAUGAUAAUUUUGUACACGAUAGCAUAUACUUAACGCACAAUUACAACACCAGUACAUUCGGAAAGAUGGCAAGAAAUCUUAUGAUCACAGCGAUUAGGUGUCUGUCAUAUCCUCCUCUGAAGAAAUACCAACGUCAGGAACAUUGGAAUCAUUUGAUAUGUUGUACAGAGAAAUCCCUGUGUAGUGAAUCUACAAAAAGAGGUUUUUGACCUGACAUAACAUGACAGCCAAAGGCAUUUCAGGAAGUGUACCAUGUCCGUGGAGGCGUGUGCAUUUUUUAAUCUUCGUAUUUCUGUUACUCGCUUCACGUAUGCCAGACUGUUGAGAGACUUCACAGGUGCGCACAUUUUCCCACAAAUCUGUGUAAAUUGAAUGCUGACUGUCACAGAUCCUGUGACUUAAAAUCCUUUGUAGGGCUGUGUCGGUUAUUUGACUAUCCAAUUACUUAAUUUGACCCAGUCCAACUCCUUAGCAUUGUUGAUGCUGUGGUUAUUUUGUGAAUGCGUAUAUUUCUCCAUAGGAUAUUUGUCCAUUGUGAGCCAAAAGAGGCAGAUGGGAUGUCCUCAGUUCAGUUUGGUUACAAUACAGGGAGGAGAGGAUGAUGUAUAAAACUGUUGUGCUUUACGCCUUUAACUGCCUAACAACUUUGAUGUCUUGCGUAAAUUGCUUUUUGUUUUCAGUGCAUUAAAGGGAGAUUGAAUACAAA